GGCCUUGCCAGGAAACUACUAAAGUUUCUCUAGGAUCAAAUAGAAUUUUAUAAGAACAUAAUGGAUGGAGAGGAGAAAACCUAUGGUGGCUAUGAAGGCCCUGAUGCUAUGUAUGUGAAAUUAAUAUCUUCUGAUGGUCAUGAAUUUAUUGUAAAAAUAGAACAUGCAUUAAUAUCAGGAACAAUAAAGGUCAUGUUGAGUGGUCCAGGUCAGUUUGCUGAGAAUGAAACCAAUGAGGUCAAUUUUAGAGAGAUCCCCUCAUAUGUGCUAUUGAAAGUGUGCAUAUAUUUUACCUACAAGGUCCACUCUACUAACAGCUCCACUGAAAUUCCUGAAUUCCCAAUUACACCUGAAAUUGCACUGGAAAUUCUGAUGGCUGCAAACUUUCUAGAUUGUUAA